UUGACACAGCUAGCUAAACAUUUUUCUCUCUUAACUUCACCUCUUACUAAUUUUUAUUCAUUUUAUUCAGCCCGUGGUGGAUCCUUUAAUCACCACAGCCAUUUCCAACAUAAUCAGUAUACCUCGCACCACCAUCACGGCCAUACUUCGAACUAUCGUCCUUUUACAUCAGGCUUUCAAGUAACCAGCUCCACUCUUCCCGCUUCAACUGCUUCUAUUUCCACCACCUCGGUUGCCACUACAGUUACUUCGUCUCCCUCAGUGUCAUCAUCUUCCUUCUCAAAUGGGACUACUGCGGGCACCAGCGCUACUAUAGACGCCCAGGCUUCCUCUAAUAAUAAUAACACCAACAAUAGCGCUGCUGUUUGUCCUGUCUCGCGCUCAGGCUGUCAGGCAUCUUAUGUAAAGAGCCCUUUAUCUUCAGACUCCUCUGCUAGCGGUCAUACUUCUCAGAAUAAGCUUCACUCUCAUCAAUCAGCAGGAACAACGGUUAUAGAGUUAUCAGAAUGCAGUCUUAAACAGCCCCAGUUUCCUGGGCAGCCAUUGACUCAUUCAACAAACAGUCGUUCUCUACUUUCUAGCUCCCCAUGUCUUUCUUCCUCUUUACCUGAGGCCAUUGCGGCUGAUAGCAUUGAUGACCAACACUUUUAUCACCAUUCUGAUCGUUAUCAGACUCUUCAAUGCCACCAGAAUCAUGUAAAUAAUAUAAUUAUUCUUUUUUUCCAUUAA